AUGGCUGCUCGUAAAGCUGAGCUUGCUAGGAGACAGGGAAAGAAGCCUGCCAAACCUUCUCUCUCGAACGGAAACAGGACGAAGGACGAUGAAGAGCUCCCUCCUACUGACAACGAGGACGAGACUCCUGAGGAGGAGUAUGUGGAUAUAGAUACUGACCAAGAAGAAUUUGAUGCAGGUAGGACAGUCGAUGAGCACGAGUUGCUCGCUUCUCGUUAUGCGAGAUCCAGGCUUAGUGACCAAGCUCCCACGCAUGUUGAGACGCGUGGCAAGUCCAUGCAUGAACGACCCGUUGGUUCUAUGAGGGCUGGUACUCCGAAGAAGAAGAAGACUGCUCAUAAACCACACGUCGGCCAGCGUCCCUAUGGAGUGGAUUUAGGAGACAUCGCCGAUGGAGAGGAAGGGUACUAUGACGAGGGCGAGCUUCCACCAGACCCCGUAUUCCCUGAUUCUGAUAAUAUGGAUAACUUCGUGCAGCAAAUGUGCGACGCCAUUCGGGAUGGUUCCCUGGGUGUUGAUAUGAACAUUGACACCGAGCAGGCUAAUAGUGUCAAGCCCACCACUCUAUGUCCAGAUUUCCUGAAGAACUCAAGCAUGGAUAUUGGGGAACAAGGAUCUUUUGUUCCUGCUGCAGAUGUCGUGAUAGAAAAGCCAGUUGAGGAUCAGACCUUUCAUGAUGUGGGUUUCGAGGAGCAGAGGUGUGCCUCUGCACCAGGUUUCUCGGGACCCGACGCUGGAUUAUUAGUUGAUAUGCUGGCUGAGCAGGCCACCAAAGGAACCGUGGGACCACCCUUGGAGGGUGAUACAUUCACAGGUAUAUGUCUGAUUCUCUUCAUUCUGCCUGGUCUUUUGUCUGACUAA